AUGGCACCAUUUGAGGCUCUGUAUGGCAGGAGAUGUCGAUCUCCAAUUGGCUGGUUUAAUGCAUUUGAGGUUAGACCAUGGGGUACAGAUUUGUUGAGGGAGUCCUUGGACAAGGUCAAGUUGAUCCAAGAUAGACUUCUCAUGUCUCAGAGUAGGCAAAAGAGUUAUGCAGAUCGAAAGAUUCGUGAUUUAGAGUGUAUGGUUGGAGAGAGGGUUUUAUUGAAGUUGGCUUUGCCACCUGGUUUGUCAGGUGUUCAUCGUGUAUUUCAUAUUUCCAUGCUUAAGAAUUAUCAUCAAGGUGGUGAUCAUGUGAUUCAAUGGGAUUCAGUGUUACUUCAUCAGAAUUUGACUUUUGACGAAGAGUCGAUCACCAUUUUGAAUAGGCAAAUUCGGAAGCUAAGGUCCAUGGAGAUUGCUUCAGUAAAGGUUCAGUGGAAGCAUCCUCCAGUGGAGGAGGCUACAUGGGAGACAGAGUCAGACAUGAGGAGUAAAUAUCCUCAUCUUUUUUAG